GAAUUCUCGGUAUUUAAGAGUCUUUCUGAAGGAGUUUCUCUUUAGUCUCCUUCACAACAGCGCGGACAUUACAGCGUCGCUAGCAAGCUAUUACUGCUACUGACAAUGACAUGACAUUAAUAAGCUCAAUGGUCGUGUACACUUCAGCGCCUGAGCUCAGAGUUCAGAAGGCUGACAGCUGAUGGGAAGAAACUGUUCCUGAGUCUGCUAGUGCGACAGCGAAGACUCCUGUAGCGUUUCCCGGAUGGUAGAAGAGUAACCAGACCAUGGUUGGGGAGACACAGGGCAGGGAUUACGAGCAUGGGUUCGUGAUGUUCUGGCACAAGAUAUGGCUUUUGAGCAUAUCAGAGUGAUCUACCCCACAGCUCCAGCAAGGCCUUACACACCUAUGCAUGGGGCGCUGUCUCACGUAUGGUUUGACCGCUACAAAAUCUCUCGUGACUGCCCAGAGCAUUUGGAGUCUAUUGAAGAAAUGUGCAGUACUUUAGGAGCUGUAGUCCAAGAUGAGAUCCAAGCUGGUGUACCUAAGCACAGGAUGAUUAUCGGCGGCUUCUCUAUGGGCGGAGCCAUGGCAUUACACCUGGCCUGCAGGUACCACCAGGAUGUGGCUGGAGUCUUUGCACUGUCCAGCUUUCUUAAUAAGGACUCAGUUGUAUAUCAGGCUGUUGAAGAUGCAGUAGGAGGUCACCUACCAGAGCUUCUCCAGUGUCAUGGCACAGCUGAUGAGCUGGUGUCCCACGGUUGGGGCGAAGAGACCAGCAGGUUGCUGAAGAAAGCUGGCAUGGCUACGUCCUUCCACUCAUUCUCAGGGCUUAACCACCAGCUCUUCCGACCUGAGUUGGAGCUCCUACGUUCCUGGAUCCUGAAGAAGCUUCCAUCUGAAAGCUCUUCCACUGUCAAAUCCUGAGCUGUAAAGACCUCACUGUUUUCCUCUGCAUAACCUGAUUUUUAAUAAAUUGUUCUAUUUGUUGUGUAUGUUGA